CGUGUGCGUAAGGGGAUGUUCACACCGAACUCGACUUUUCAACCGUCUGCGCUGUUUUCAAUUGUUUUUCUAUGUAAACAUGCGGUAGAUGGAGGUUUUAGACCGCGUCUCGCGCAGGUGUCUUUAGACGCUGUGUCAAGUGGCAACUUUUAGCAACGCGUCUCGGGACACCUAGCUUUUUAUUUAUUUAUUUUUUUAGCGCAAAAACUAGUUCGUGCUGAACCGCCCGUAAUUCGUGCAGCGCCACCGGCACCACCUGUUCAACCGCUCCUGAAGAUCCGCUCAAGUCACGGUAAGAUGGCGAAAGAUCAGGAAACGAAGCAGGUGAAUUUAUCGCUGUUUUAACGUUAUUAAACGGCGUUUGAUCCGCAGGUCGAUAGGAAAGUGUUUCAUUCCUGAUUGGAUGAGCGUCAGUGUGUUGGUUCUACCCAUUUAUUCCCUGAAUAAUUCCUAAAUAUCACUGCUGGAAUGACACAUAUAGCUCAAUAGCAAAGAAACUACACACUCCAGGAAUCGAAUAAAAGGACCUCAUUAUGGAUGACAGCGGUCAGAAUGAGUCUAAUGUGAAAGUGGCAGUCCGGGUUCGACCCAUAAACAGGAGAGAGAGGGACUUAAAGACAAAAUGUGUUGUGGACAUGGAGGGAAACCAAACCGUGCUGCAUCCAGCAAGCGGAAACCUGGGAAAGAGUGACAGCAGGGGCAAACCAAAGGUCUUUGCGUAUGAUUACUGCUUCUGGUCUAUGGACGAGACUGAGGUGGCCAAGUUUGCAGGUCAGGAUGUGGUGUUUCAGUGUCUCGGGGAGAGUCUUUUGGACAGCGCUUUCCAGGGAUAUAACGCCUGCAUAUUUGCAUAUGGCCAAACGGGCUCUGGAAAGUCAUACACAAUGAUGGGCACAUCGGAACAGCCCGGUCUGAUUCCUCGUCUCUGCAGUUCUCUGUUUGAACGCACCGUACGAGAGCAGAGAGAGGGGGAGAGCUUCACCAUCGAGGUCUCCUACAUGGAGAUCUACAAUGAGAAGGUGCGAGACCUUCUAGAUCCCAAAGGGAGUCGACAGGUGUUGAGGGUCCGAGAGCAUAAUGUGUUGGGACCGUAUGUGGACGGGCUGUCUCGCCUCGCUGUGGCCUGCUACAAGGACAUCGAGUCUCUCAUGUCAGAGGGGAAUAAAUCUCGCACUGUGGCGGCUACAAACAUGAACGAGGAGAGCAGCCGAUCACACGCCGUCUUCAACAUUAUUCUGACUCACACACUCAGAGACCUGAAGACGGGGACGAGUGGAGAGAAAGUGAGUAAACUCAGUCUGGUGGAUCUGGCCGGCAGUGAAAGAGCAGAUAAAACUGGAGCUGCAGGAGAGAGACUGAAAGAAGGAAGCAACAUUAACAGGUCUCUCACCACUCUUGGGUUGGUGAUCUCAGCAUUGGCGGACCAGGGUGCUGGAAAAAAUAAGAGUAAAUUUGUUCCCUACAGAGACUCGGUGCUGACAUGGUUACUGAAGGACAGUUUAGGAGGAAACAGUCGCACAGCUAUGGUUGCUACGGUGAGUCCGGCUGCCGACAACUAUGACGAGACUCUCUCCACACUACGAUACGCUGACCGGGCCAAAAGUAUUGUUAAUCACGCUGUGGUCAAUGAAGAUCCGAACGCCAGAAUCAUCCGAGAGCUCCGAGAAGAAGUGGAGAAACUGCGCAGCCAACUGACAGAGGCUGAGUCAAUGAAAGCCCCAGAGCUGAAAGAGAGACUGGAGGAGUCAGAGAAGUUGAUCCAGGAGAUGACAGUCACCUGGGAGGAGAAACUCAGGAAAACAGAGGAGGUUGCACAGGAGCGACAGAAGCAGUUGGAAAGUUUGGGAAUUUCUCUCCAGUCAUCUGGGAUAAGAGUCAUCGACGAUAAAUGCUUCCUGGUCAAUCUGAACGCAGAUCCCGCCCUCAAUGAGCUGCUUGUGUAUUAUUUAAAGGAACACACUCGUGUGGGUUCAGCGGACUCUCAGGACAUUCAGUUGUGUGGUUUGGCAAUUCAACCAGAGCAUUGCAUCAUAGACAUCAAACAAGAGACAGGAGUGACUCUCACACCAAAGAGAAACGCCCGUACGUGUGUGAACGGAUCUGUUGUCAUCGCUCCUGUCCAGCUGCAUCAUGGUGAUCGAAUUCUGUGGGGAAACAACCACUUCUUCAGGAUAAACAUCUCUAACGUGUAUCGUGUUGGUGUUGAGGAUGAGGAGGGUGGUGUGAUGAAGGCUGGGCUGAACCCUGAGCAUCUGGAUGUGGGCCGUCUCAGUCACGGCUCCAGUGAAGCCAGUUUCAGUUUUGAAUCCGCUCAGACGGAGGUGAUGAUGAAAGCGUUGGGAAACAACGACCCCAUGCAGUCAGUGCUUCAUUCUCUCGAGCGCAGGCAUGAGGAAGAGAAGCGUUCGGCUUUGGAGCGUCAGCGCUUGAUGUACGAGCAGGAGCUGCAGCAGCUGCGCAAACGUCUGUCGUCAGAGCUGCAGACGAAGGGCUCUCAUCCACAGCACCACCGUAGCAGCGAGCAGCUCAACCUGAGCUUAGUGAACGCCUCUCUCACACAGAGCCGACUGCGGCAGUGGAGCGAGGAGAGGGAGGCAUUGAUGAACCGGAGUCUCCGUAAACUUAGAGAGCAGAUCGUCAGAGCAAAUCUACUGGUGCAGGAAGCUGGAUUCAUCGCUGAGGAACUCAACAAGAAAACUGAAUAUAGAGUCACAUUGCAGAUACCUGCAGCCAACCUCAACGCCAACCGCAAGCGUGAUACGGUUCUGAGUGAACCUGCGGUGGAGGUGAGGAGAAAGGGAAAAGGGAAGCAGAUCUGGGCAAUGGAGAAGAUGGAGAACAGACUGGUGGACAUGAGAGAACUGUAUCAGGAGUGGAAAGACUAUGACGAGGACAACCCUGCCAUGCGUUCAUACUUCAAGCGUGCUGAUCCAUUCUUCGAUGAGCAGGAGAAUCACUGUCUUAUAGGUGUGGCGAACAUCUUCCUGUCCUGUCUGUUGUACGACGUCAAGCUGCAGUAUGCAGUACCCAUUAUCAACCAGAAGGGGGAGGUCGCAGGUCGUCUACAUGUUGAGGUUGAGCGUUCGAGUGGAGAACUAGAUGAUCACGAGACAGGAGACGGAGACUUUAAGACCUCUCCAGACAGUGAGACACAAGAACGCAAACUUACCUGCAUGAUCAAGGUGUUGCAGGCGACAGGACUACCUCAACACCUCUCAAACUUCGUGUUCUGCCAGUAUCAUUUCUGGGAGCAGCAGGAGCCAGUGUUCAUUGCGCCGGAGAUGGAUGUGUCCACCUUCAGCAGCAAAGAGCCUCAGUGCCUCGUGAUGUAUGACAGCUGCAAGAAGUUGGAGGUGGCCGUAACAGAAGACUUCCUGGAGUAUCUGAUGGAGGGUGCUGUGGCUAUCGAGGUUUACGGUCACAAACAGGCGAACCCGCGCAGAAAUUUGGCUCUGUGGGAUCUGGGAGUGAUUCAAGCCAAGACACGCUCUCUCAGAGAGAGGUGGAGUGAGGUGACCCGCAGACUGGAGCUCUGGGUGAAGAUCCUGGAACUAAAUGAUGCAGGAGAGUUUGUGCCAGUAGAAGUUCAGCCAGCCAAAGACGUCCACACAGGAGGAAUCUUUCAGCUGAAACAGGGACAGUCCAGGCGUGUUCAGGUAGAGGUUCGUUCAGUGCAGGAUUCUGGCACGAUGCCUCUGAUCACGGAGUCUGUGCUGAACAUGUCCGUCGGCAACGUGGAAGUCCAUCAGGCUCGAUCUGGCAAAUAUGCAGAGACCCAGAGGGUUGGUGAUAAAGACAUGGACAGUUAUCAGGAAGUAGAUUUAGAGAGACUGCGGGUGCAGUGGUUGGCAGCGUUAACGCAACGACAGGAAUAUCUGGACCAACGUCUGGAAAAGCUUGUCAGUAAACAAGAUAAGUCAGAGGAGGAUGUGGAGAGUGAGUCGCAGCUGUUGGAGUGUCGUCUGACGCUGACUGAGGAGAGAAAUGCUGUACUGGUGCCCUCUGCUGGUAGCGGUAUGCCAGGAGCCCCUGCUGAAUGGGUUCCUGCGCCUGGUAUGGAGACUCACAUCCCUGUCAUCUUCCUGGACCUCAGUGCUGAUGACUUCCAUGAUCAUCUAUCUGCUCCUCUGGCUGGAGGUCUGGAUGCUGUUCUGAACAGAGAGGAGAAGGACGACUUCCUGGACUUACAAAUAGUCAAACACUAUGAGAAUGAGGUGAAGGCAGAGGGGUCAUGGGACUGUACCGUUCAUGACAGUCCUGAGCUGAAUCGAGCAGCGGGUCAGGAACACAGAGUUUAUCUCACCGUCCGGACGGUCGUUCUGCUCAGUCACCCCACACAAAUGCAGGUGGUCCUGCGCAAACGAAUCUGUGUUAACAUCACCGGACGACAGGGUUUUGCUCAAAGUCUCCUGAAGAGAAUGUCUCACCGCAGCUCAGUUCACAGCUGUGGAGUGACGUUUGAGAUCAUCUCAAAUAUUCCAAGGGACAUUCAGGGCUCAGAAGACAGAGAGAUGCUCGCCCGACUGGCUGCCAGCACAGAGAAGUCAGGAACCGACAGUGAAGCUGCCAUUGAGAAAUAUCUGAGGAGCGUGUUAGCCGUGGAGAACAUCCUGACGCUGGACCGUCUCAGACAGGAGGUUUCUGUGAGGGAACAUCUCACCGAUAAAGGAAAGAUGCCUAAACGUUGCCUCAGUUCACCCAAUGUACACAGGCUCUCUGGCAGCAGGAAAGACCUCUUCACCAGCCAAGACUCCGAAGACUAUAAAGGUGGUUUGGACAGUCGGCAGGAGAUUUUUAUGUUGACUUCAUCCGCAAAGACACUUUCAGCAUCAUUACAAAGUCAAAGUCCUGAUCCAGGUCUCUCAGGAUUCACUGCGUCUUAUCUCUCCCCAGUUAAAGCUCUCGUGUCUCCAGUGCCCAAGAUGUUCAAGUCUUUCUUAUCAAAGAAAGAGGAGAAGAAAGAGCUGCCUCCACCUGCUGUCUUUGAGCAGAAUGUGCCACGUAUUAUUGUGCAGUCUGUCAGUCUUGAAGACCUCAGCAGCUGUGAACUGGGCACUGCUGUAGAGACCCAAGUCUCAGAGAAGGUAGAGGAGGUUUCACCUUCUAUUCUUCCAGAGGUCAAAGAGGUUCUUCCUCAUUCUGUUCCUCCAGAUGUUGAGGAGGUUCUACUUAGUUCUGUUCCACCAAAUGUUGAGGGGCUUCAAUCCCCUCCUCUUUCUCCAGAGGUUGAAGAGGUCCUACUUAGUUCUGUUCCUCCAGAGGUUGAAGACCCCAAGGAAAACCCAGUCGGUGAUUCCACAGACAGCCCCAUCAGUGAUGUCUCAAGUGGCUACAUAUCCACGAGCAUCUCCACAGUGACUCUCUGUGAGUCUGUUGUCUCGAAUGGAGAACCUCCUCUCUCUGACAGCAUGGAGCCCAACACUUCAAAUAAGAUGGAACCAAACACAGACAGUGAGAUACUUCCAACAAGUAGCAAAUCUCCAGAGUAUCAAGCAAAGCUUAAACAUGCAGACCUAGAACAUGAAGAACAGAUAUCUACAGUAUGCCAGACAACCAAAGACCAAAGGAGCUCAGAAGAGCAUGGUCAAGUGUCUCCUCUAGAUGAAUCUCCUCAGACACUCCCUGUUGUUUCUGCAACUACACUUCAAGGAACCUCUGAAACCAACCACCAUACUGAAAUAGUCUCUACAUCUGAACAAACCAUGUCUUCAAGCACAUGUUCAGAACCCACAGACCCAUCAGCACCUUCAACCCCAACAGUACCACCAACGCAACCAAUGACAACUGCGAAGCCAUCGGCUCCUGCCCAGCGAUUAGGACCUGAACCAAAUGUAAAGCCCAUUCCCAUCCCCAACAGCAAUCAUUUCCAUAUCCAAAGAGUCAAGACCUCUGGUCUGAAGUCCUUCAAAGGCAUCCUGCAUGAAGAAGAUGAGGAGGGUACAAAGAAAGACAACAAGUCUUUAUCAGCAUUGAGUUUAUCUCAAGAGACACUGGAGAUCCUUUCAGAUUCUGAUGAAAGCAUUGAGAGUCCACCACCUGAUUGGCUGAAGGAGGGGGAAUAUGUGACCGUGGGCACCAGUAAAACUGGAACAGUCCGAUAUGUUGGACCAACUGACUUUGGAAAGGGUAUUUGGGUUGGAGUGGAGCUUGAUGUGCCAGCAGGUAAAAAUGAUGGUUCGGUUGGUGGACGGCACUACUUCCACUGUAACCCUGGUUACGGCGUUCUCGUAAGACCAAAUCGGGUCAUGAAAGCAACUGGUACUGCUAAACGGUUCAGGCAGAAACGCAAGCAGAACCUCUCGGGAUCGAGUCCCAACCUAGCGGCCCUCACUGCAAUGGCCAAAGGAGAGGCUGGAACGCGGAAGGGGGAGAACAGGAAAUCAUGGGUUAGCUGAGGAAAUCCUUCCAUGAUUCCAGUGUUGAUGUGCGUGUACUGCCACUGUGAGGAGUUACUGGUGCAGCAGCAGUACUGGUAUGACUCUGAAACACUACAACUGAUACUUUGUACCUGCAGGGAUGUAAAUGUCGUGUGAUUUACUCAGACAUAUCAACACUACUUAGUGCCUAGUGUUUUAAAACCUUCCAUAUGAUUUGAGGCUAAUUUGUUGCCUCAAUAAGCAGUAUUUUUGGUAUUACGUAAAUAUAUAUAAAAAGUGCCAUCUUUAUCUGAACUCCUUAAAAUUUAAAGUAGUAAGAUUUGGGACUUUUAAAAUUUUGAUUCCCUGGAAAAUCACGAUACUGACAGAUUCUCUGAAUGUUUCUAAUUUUAUGAUUUUAUAUUGUUCAUUUUACUGUUGUGAAAAAUACACACUUUGAGUUGCUUUUAAAACAAGAAGAGUUGGGCUUUUAAGGAAUAUUCCGGGUUCAAUACAGGUUAAGCACAAUGGACAGCAUUUGUGCCAUAACAUUGAUUAAUAUUGAGUCAGGCACUUAUAAUGGAAGUGAAUGGGGCCAGUCCAUAAAUAUUAAAAUAUACUGUUUCAAAGGUAUAGCCACAAGAAGUAAACAUUAUACAUGUUAACUUGAAUUUAGUGUGGUAAAAUCUCAAUUGUACAUGAUUUUAGUGAUAUUUAGUAAUAAAAUUGCGUAGGGUUUAACGGCUCUGCAUCGUCAUGGCAACAAAGUUGAAAUAUUGAAUAUUACUUUACACUGAUGAGGUAAAGUGAAAUUAUCACUCGAAAAUCACUCAAAUCUAUAAUGUUUACUUCUUAUGGCUUUACUUUUACAACAUGUGUAUUCUAAUGGUUAUAGACUGUGGCCCCAUUCACUUUCAAGUGCCUCACCACCAGGACCGCGAUUUUUAUUAUAUAUAUUUAAUAUUACAUACACACACAUAUACAGUAUAUACAGUAUAUAUGUGUAUUUCUUUUAUUUAUUUUGUUUAGUUUUUUCAAAUGAGUUUAUCUUGUAUUGAACCUUUGAAUAUUCACUUUUCUUCCUUUUUUUAUUUUGGUUAAUCUGGUGAUUUAGUUCUGUAUGCUCUCUUUGUUUGGUAUCAUGUUUUUAUUUUUUCAGUGUGUAUUUUAUGAUCAAAUUGCUAUUUCUGUUCAUUUAUUUUGCUAUCAAAUAAUGACAAAAAUAAUGUUGAGGAUUUUAUAUUUAAAUGGUGAAAUAAACUUUAUUUUGUCUUUCCUUCAUAUACAGUA